AUGGCCGCCACUACAGGAUCGCGACCUGGCUCGACCGGCUCCGCGCCUGCUCACCACCCAUCACUGCCCGCCUCGCCAACCCUUACCAACCCGGACAUGAUCCUGCCCGAUUACCCUGACUACGACCGCUCCCCCUCGCCUGUUCGCCUCGACUCGAAUCGCCCUCAGUCGCCAUUGACCAUGUGGAGGAACGCCCAGGCCGCCGGUGCGCCAAACGACCACAACAUCAACAACAUGCUGUACAACCAGGCCACCCACCACUUUGCCGGCUUUGCUUCUGCUGCCCCCGCAACCCCCAUCAUCUACGGGAACGGGACAAUGCUCUCGGAUAUCGGCGAGGUCACCGAGGCCGAGAGCACCCCCGGCAAGCCCUCACCUCCUCGGCACGUCCCAGUCCGGGUCUCACCCCACGGCACCAUGGACAGAGACAGCGAGAGCGACGCUGCCCUGCGGUCUUCCCCGACCAUGGGCCAGGGCGGAAGUCUUUCUGCGAUCAAGAAGAAGGCAAAGGAGCAGGCCGCCGCUCAGCGGGACCGGCGCUCCUCAACCGGCUCCGAUAGUACCGUUACCGACCACCACGACCAGGCCAACCUAUUCGCAGACUUUAGUGACGCCAUCAGUGUGGGGGGCGACAGCGUCUUCCAGGGCGACGACGAGGAGAGCAUGGCCAGUUCCUACGUCGACGAUUCGGACGUCAAUGGCGCGUCAGAUGUGCAUGGUGUCGUACCCGUGAGCCUCUCUUAUGAGAGCAGGCAAAAGUACUCCACCGCCCAGCUUAGCAGGAGGGCUGAGCACAUUCUCGCUAAUGCGAAGAGGAGAUUGACGACUAUGGAGGACAAUCUCACAAGGGCCCGGUCUUCACUGGCCGUUGCUACCUACUCAUCCGGCUCCAAUGGCUCAACUCCUUCUCCGCCAAUAGCACGCGCAACGUCCGCACUCUACAUGUCGACAAUGUCCUCGUCGUCGCCCUCGUCGCCUGCCUUCUCCGGCCACAGCCGGAAGAGCAGUGACCAUUCCCUGCGGAUCGGCCUGCCUAUCAAGGUCUAUCCGCAGAGGUCAUCGAGCAUCAUCGGACUCCCCACUAGUGCUAGGCAGCCGCUCACCGUUUCUAAGAGUGCGGACCAGCUGAAUGGCCAGUACAAAAGGGCGUCGUAUAUAGUACGCGAGGCACAGGUCCCACUCGAGCCCCUGAGCGAAGACGAGGCAUCACAGUUAUCGAGCCGGGCUCACCCCGACGCAACUUACAGACACUCGUCGAUCACGAGUCCGACUUUUGGCGGUGGUGCUGAGCGGGGUCUCGCACGGUCUGCGUCGGUGACGCAGAUGAGGGACAUCAAGGACCAGGUCAACGACCUCAAGGGCAAGAUAUCCAGCCUGCGGGAGCAGGCUCGGGCUGACAGCCUCAAGAGGAGGAGCAUGCAGAGCCUACGCACGCCCAGCCCCUUCACGUACUCACGGGUUGGCCAAUGGUCCGGCGUGUCAGACUCGACAACGGGCUCUGAUACCAAAUCGGACGCCGACCCCGACAAGCCGGGCCAUUUGAGUGACGAGACGGCAAGUAUCGGAAAGGACAGUGCCGUCAACAUCGGCGAUCUUGGUGACGGCGACGGAGGAAGUAUUUACAGCGUGGAGGAUAUUCAACACCUGGGCCAUGCCCAAGUCGAACAAUUAGACCGCGACAGCGAGGCGGCGCUCCGGGCCGAAGGCUUCGUGCACGUGGACGACGACGACGACGACAACGACGACAACGACGACGACAUGUUUACCGAGAACGGCGACAUAGACGAGGACGAGCUGGAAGAGGUUUUUGAUAGCGUCAGCGAGGGCGGGGACUCGCUUUAUCACGAGGCCGUGCAGCACCAGGUUUCACACGAGGACCGAGAGGACGCCUUCGAUUACGAGCAUUUAUUUCUCCAUAGUGCCAUGGGGACGAUCAGCCAGCGCAUGGCCCGCCGAAACAGCAACGCCAGCUACACUUCGGAAUCGUCGAUCGAGACUACCAGAGGUCCCAUCAUCGAGAACAAGCAGAGGAGGCCGCAGCAUUCCAGGCGGGGCAGCGAGGCAUCAGUAUCAAGUGUUGAGUCUUUUGCGACUGCGGAAGAGGCUUUGUCGAGCAGGCAGAGCAUGGAUAGUAGCAGGAAUGCUGACGCUUUGGGCGACUUGCCAGAGGAGAGCAGCACUCCCAGCACUCCCAGCACUCCUUCUACGGAAACAAUGGACAGUCCGCAGACGGCAAAGCGCGCUACAUUUACUGGGAUCACCUCGUCCUACUAUGGGAUUUCCGGGCGGCCGAGUCCGGAAGGCCAGACACGGCGGGAGGUGAUGUACUCCACCAUCCGUCGGCCGGUGAGUUCAAAUGCGGCGACAAAGACGCACCGGCCGUCCACGUCCUCGUUCGACUCUACCGGCACGACACGGAGCUUCCCAUUGGUCAACAGGUCUAGCAAGACGUUCAGCACGGGAAUGCUCACCCCCGAGGGUGGGUCCCCGGACCAGGCUGUGAGGUCGAUUACAACCUCUCUCAUGAGCGACACGACGGCCGCCUGCCGGGAGAUGCAGAACGGCGAGACCACCGAUAAAAGCCCCCCCGCUUACGGAGGGCACAAGCACAGCAUCAGCAUGCAGAGCAUCAGCAGCACAGCAAGCCUCAUGCAGGAGAACGGCACGACGGCCGUGAUCGAAACCCUGCCCCGGGACGACCAGUUCCUGGUGGAGCGGACGGUGGCGAGCCUGGGCCGCUGCGUCCUCGGCCUGACGGACAGCGGCCGGGCUGGCGUAGAGGGCAGGAUGUACAGGAGGAGGAUUGAUGCCGCGAGGAGGAUCCUCGAGGGGAUAGAUGAGUCGUGA